UAUACGAUCGUCGACGCACGUCGACGUUUCAAGAGUUUCAGGACGAGGUAAUUGAAACGAGUUGUCCCUGUCCGUGUCGCUGCCACGUUUAUAUAUUUGUCCACGAUGAACGCAUGGACGCAAUACUUCAAAUCCAUCCCAACGCACAUGGAUUAUGAUGGCCAAGCCAGAGCAGAGAAAUUGUCGCGAGUCAUAAUAACGUUAUUUGGGGUGGUUGGCUUAGUUUGGGGAUACGUCAUUCAACAAUUCUCACAGACAAUCUAUAUUCUGGGCGCUGGAUUUGUUAUGGCGGCGUUAAUCACUGUACCUCCAUGGCCCAUGUAUCGCCGUAAACCAUUGGAUUGGCAAAAGCCACAGGCUGAAGUUACCACGAAGCUCAAAAAGAAAAAAUAAUUGCUGAACGUAUUUAGGUAUCUCAAACUAAAUCUAAUAUAAAGUAUCACGCAAUCUUCGACGACUCGAUCUUGAUUGCUGAUAGCGCAAAUCUAUGCAUACCACUGAGCAUUUGUUUUCGUGCAGUUAUACAAAAUAUCCUUUAAUAUAUUAAUGCAAGUGUGCAUCGAAGCAAGUAUGAAUGUAUGAAGGAUUUUCUUUUUUGUAAGAUAUACAUAUAUUAUUUUUACUUUAAUGUCUGUUGGCUGUAUAAAUGCGAAUUACAAAUAAAAUAAUAUUGUAUUUGCAUAAAAAUAUAUUUAUGAAUGUAGAUAAUGACCUAUAUAAAUAGUGAGAUAAAGAAGAUUUCAAGAGCAA